AUGUUGAAGGUUGACAAUGUAACCUUGGCUCGCCGCGGUGACCAAGUUGACGGCACCCUUCACUUAACCCCUCACCACCUUAUCUUUUCACAUUUCCCGCCCCUCUCCAGUGACGACCAGGCCAAGGGUGUGACGGUCAGACCAAAAGAGCUUUGGAUUACCUAUCCAAUCAUUGCUUUCGGUACCCUGCGACUAGUUCCCGCGGCCUCCCGCCAACUAUCUUCUAUCCGUCUUCGCUGCCGUGAUUUUACGUUUGUCUGCUUCUACUUUACCAACGAACACAAGGCACGUGAGGUAUUUGAAAGCAUCAAACAAUGGACAUGCAAGUCUGGUCGGCUGGAUAAGCUCUACGCUUUUACCUACCAGCCGCCGCCUGUAGAGAAGGAGUUCAAUGGGUGGGAGUUAUACAAUCCCCGGAAAGAGUGGACGCGUCAGGGUAUCUUAAAGGAGAACUCUGGUUGGCGAAUAUCCGACAUUAAUACUGACUAUGGUUUCUCUCCUACAUACCCCGCGCUGAUUGCUGUACCCUCAUCUAUAUCCGACAAUACAAUCAAUUAUGCCAGCCGAUACCGUUCCAGAGCCAGAAUCCCCGCACUCACAUACUUCCACCCAGUGAACAACUGCACCAUUACUAGAAGUUCGCAACCCCUUGUUGGUGUACGCCAGAAUCGCAGCAUCCAGGAUGAAAAGCUACUUGCCACUAUCUUCUCAACUUCUCGAUCAGAACGACCUUUGGCUAGCUUUGCUCACUCCACUCUAGAGAACGAACAAUCAGAUUCCAGCAAUGGUAGCUCGGAGUGGAAUGACACAGGCCCUGACCUAUCAAAUGCCGAGGAGAUCAAAAAUGAUAUGCUGGCUGCUGCUCGUGCAGACCCUGAAGAUCAGCGCUUGAUAUAUGGUGCCCAGCAACAAAACCUCAUCGUUGACGCGCGACCCACAGUGAAUGCACUUGCAAUGCAAGCCGUUGGGAUGGGAUCUGAGAACAUGGACAACUACAAGUUUGCCACCAAAGUGUAUCUUGGCAUUGACAACAUCCAUGUUAUGCGUGAUUCUUUGAACAAGGUUGUCGAUGCCCUGAAAGACACCGACGUCACUCCCCUUGGUCCUAACCGGGACCAACUGGCCCGAAGCGGGUGGUUGAAGCAUAUUGCUGGCAUUUUGGAGGGGGCGAAGGUAAUCACCCGUCAAGUUGGCCUCCAGCAUUCCCAUGUCUUGAUUCACUGCUCCGAUGGAUGGGACAGAACAAGCCAACUCAGUGCCCUCAGCCAGGUCUGCCUAGACCCAUACUUCCGCACCUUAGAAGGAUUCAUGGUUCUGGUGGAGAAAGACUGGCUUUCAUUCGGACACAUGUUCCGGCAUCGGUCUGGCCAUUUGAACAGUGAAAAAUGGUUCCAGAUUGAAAAUGAGAGAAUCGGUGGUGACAACAACCGUGGAUUUGAAAGCAGCGGUGCAGGGCUGGCCCUUGAGAAUGCCCUCCGUAGCGCCAAAGGCUUCUUUGGCCGAGACAACAACAGCCGUGACUCGUUACAAGAGUCCGAAGGGGAGAUGCUGAGUUAUGAUUCUGAUACGCCAAACAAAAAACCCAGCCCAGCUCCACGUUCUGUUGUGUCCGAGAAGGAAGUUACCAAAGUGAAAGAAACAAGCCCUGUUUUCCAUCAGUUCCUUGAUGCAACAUACCAGCUGUUGCACCAAUACCCAACCCGCUUUGAAUUUAACGAGCGCUUCCUCCGCCGCCUGCUAUAUCAUCUAUAUUCUUGUCAAUUUGGAACAUUUUUGUUCAACAGUGAGAAAGAGCGGAUGGAUACAAAAGCCAAAGAGCGGACGCGCAGCGUGUGGGAUUGGUUCCUGGCCCGGAGAGAACAAUUCAUCAACCCACAGUAUGAUCCCGAAGUGGACGAUCAUAAGCGUGGCAAAGAACGGCUGCUCUUCCCUCGUCCAAGUGAAACACGCUGGUGGGCCGAGUCAUUCGGUCGAGCAGAUACAGAAAUGAAUGCCCCCCGAACUUUUGAUGCAUCGACGACGAGUGGCUCUGGUAGCCCUGGUGCAAACAGGACUCCUGUCUUGACUGCCGUUGAGACCGCACAGGAAACGGCGGCUACUGAAACAUCUGGCGCUAAUGUUUCCAACGUUGCAGCUUCGGGAUUAGCAGCAGUUACCUCAGGAAUAUCCAGCCUUGCAAUCCUCAAAAACAGCCAAUCUGGACCCAAAGGAGAGGCAAACCAGAAGAAAGAAAUGGAAGUCGAGAUGCAAUAA